CUCCGUCCAUUCACAAAGAGCGUUCAUUUCUGUUUUCUCUCUCCUCUCUUAUUUCUCUUUUUUCCUUUUUUUUCUUUUUUUUUGUUUUUUUUUUUUUUUCCUCUUUCGUUUUUUUUUUCUCUCUUCGUUUUAGUUGAUUUCGAACCCUAAGCUAAAAAGGGGAAAGAGGUCUUUUCUCGGGAAACAAAACAGAUAUUUUUCCAUCUCAUUCAUCGCAGUGAGAAAAAAAGAUGCAGAAUCCGAGGCUCAAACAACAGCAACAACAACAACAACAACAACAACAAGCUAUGAUGCAGCAAGCUUUGAUGCAACAACACCACUCUCUCUAUCAUCCUAGCCUUAUGGCUCCUCCUCCCCCUCCUCCUCAGAUGGAGCCUCUACCAAGUGGAAACCUUCCUCCUGGUUUCGAUCCCACUACUUGCCGCAGUGUGUAUGCUGGCAACAUUCACACGCAGGUCACUGAGGUUCUUCUUCAAGAAAUUUUUGCUAGCACCGGCCCUGUUGAGAGCUGUAAGCUCAUCAGAAAGGAUAAGUCAUCAUAUGGAUUUGUUCACUACUUUGAUCGAAGAUCUGCUGGUUUGGCUAUCAUGUCUCUUAACGGCAGGCAUCUGUUUGGACAGCCUAUCAAAGUUAAUUGGGCUUAUGCUACUGGUCAAAGGGAAGACACAUCAAGCCACUUCAACAUAUUUGUCGGAGACCUCAGUCCAGAUGUUACUGAUGCAGCUUUGUUUGAGAGCUUCUCUGCCUUCAAUACUUGCUCGGAUGCAAGAGUAAUGUGGGACCAGAAAACUGGACGCUCGAGAGGCUUUGGGUUUGUUUCCUUCCGCAAUCAGCAGGAUGCUCAAAAUGCCAUAAAUGAAAUGAAUGGUAAAUGGUUAAGUAGCAGACAAAUCAGAUGCAACUGGGCGACAAAAGGUGCUACUUUUGGCGACGACAAACAUAGCUCUGAUGGCAAAAGUGUCGUUGAACUCACAAACGGCUCAGAGGAUGGUAGAGAGAUCUCAAUCACAAACGAAGAAGCUCCUGAAAACAAUCCUCAGUAUACCACUGUGUAUGUAGGAAACCUUGCUCCUGAAGUAACUCAGCUUGAUCUACACCGCCUGUUCCAUACACUUGGCGCUGGAGUGAUUGAAGAGGUCCGUGUCCAGCGAGACAAAGGCUUUGGUUUUGUGAGAUACAAUACUCAUGACGAGGCUGCUCUUGCUAUUCAGAUGGGCAACUCUCAGCCUUUCCUCUUCAACAGACAGAUAAAGUGUUCAUGGGGAAACAAACCAACUCCAAUAGGCACAGCCUCAAACCCGCUUCCACCACCAGCGCCAGUGGCAGUCCCUGGUCUGUCCCCAAUGGACCUCUUAGCCUAUGAGAGGCAACUGGCUCUAGCCAAGAUGCAUCCUCAGGCUCAGCAUUCUCUUAGGCAUGCCAAUGCAGCCGGAGCAAGUGCUGCUAUGUACGAUGGUGGUUUUCAGAAUGUAGCUGCGGCUCAUCAGCAGCUCAUGUACUAUCAGUAAUAAACUCUUGGUGCCUUCGCGCUGAGAUACCUUUUCUUUCUUUCUUCUUAAUUUUAUCACUUUCUUGUUUUCAUUUUCUAGACCUUGUUCAGAGUCUUAUGUAUGUGUCUCUCUCUCAUUUGAAGUCGCUGAUUUUAUAUGCAUGCUUGCUGGUUCGUACCCUGAGUCUUACUUGGCUUGCAAGCAAGCAAUAAAAUAACGUUGAAAUAAAAUGGAGUUUGGUUUGGGUUCUA